AUGUCGACUGUAUUCGUCGUCGAUUCCUCGCUCAAGCGCACAACUGUCAAGGUCACGCCUGCCAAAUACCUGCGCGAAAUCCUAGAAGAAGCAUGCAAAGCGAGGAAACUGGACCCAAACUCGUACACUCUCAAGACGCAGAACAACAAGAUGCUCGAUCUAUCGCAGCAAUGGCGGCUGUCGGGCCUCACUCCAGGCGCGAAACUCCAGUUGACGCAGGCGAGCCGAAGCCCUAGUGUCGUAUCCGUGGCCUUGCAACUGCCUGAAAGCGAUGGAAGUGCGAGAAUACAGGAUAAAUUUCCCAGCAACACGAGUCUAUGGCAGGUGCUACGGAAGUUUGAGGAUGGUGUAGCUGGUGGACAGGAGCAGAGAAAGCUUAAUCUAACACAGCGAGGCAUUGCUUCUCAAUCUGGUGGCUCCUCGGGGCGCUUGCUAUACCAUCAGCCGGUACUGCAAAUCAUGAGCAGGACCCUCGAUAACUUCACGGACUUGCAAAAAAGCCUAGGGCAGCUUGGAAUCAAUGGCGGCAGCGUGCUGUUGAAGCUAUCUUACAAGAGCAGCGGACGACCACUGGAAGAGGCGAUGAGCGAGAUUGGGCAAUAUUUCAGCUCUCUUGACUCCGUGCCAGCAGGCGAAAACGCUGCAAUACCAGAUGAAGGCGCUGCCGAACCCAAGCCAGCAGAGGACACGACAAUGCCAGAAGCAACAACUGCACAACCUGCCGAGAACGAGGUAAUAGCAAGCUCCUCAGAAACAGCUCCAGGAACAAUCACCGACUCUGCAGCCCCAACGGAAGAGCCGCCCUCGAACGCAGCUACGAACGACGAGAACGCCACACCGGAUCCGGUCAUAUCAAACGUUGUGAAUGGUAUCUCGGUGUACAGACCUCCAUCGUCUUCAACACCUGCUGCAGCACUUCAAGAAGAUGAUCCGACCACAUACGAGCCCACAGUAGACCACGCCCGAGCACAUCAAGCAUCGCUCAAUCGAGCGGGCCGUAAUCAGCGGCUACUGUCAGAUAAGGAGCUAGAAGAGCAAGAAGCAGCGCGACAAGAAAAGCUCGCAGCAGUGAAGAACGUGCGGAUACGGGUCAAGUACCCAGACGGAAGCUCAAUAGAACUAACGGUUGACUCAAACGAAACCGCUUCCAAUCUUUAUGCCACGGUCCAAGACACCUUGGCGCAAGCCCCGGAGCCUUUCGAAUUGAAAUUCACUGGACACAAAGGCUUUCAGACGCUUCCAAAGAAUACCGAUCAGAAACUUGUCAAGGACUUUGGUUUCCGCGGCAGCGUCCUCGUGACUCUCGUGUGGGGCGCGGAGGCUAGUUCCAAGGCUAGACAAGGCCCCAGCCUGAGGAAAGAGGAGGCGAUGAAGCAGCCUGAGAAGAAGUCGGAUGGCGGAGCGAAGGUCAGUGUGGAGGAGAAGAUGAAGAAGUUUCUGGGCUUUGGAAAAAAGAAGUAG